GUGGACAAUGAGCAUCACGGAUGUGCUUAGUGCUGACGACAUCGCGGCAGCCCUGCAGGAAUGCCAAGACCCAGACACUUUUGAACCACAAAAGUUCUUCCAGACAUCAGGCCUCUCCAAGAUGUCCGCCAGCCAAGUGAAGGAUGUCUUCCGGUUCAUUGACAAUGAUCAGAGUGGGUACUUGGAUGAAGAGGAGCUCAAGUUUUUCCUCCAGAAGUUCCAGAGUGAUGCUAGAGAGCUGACUGAGUCAGAGACCAAGUCCCUGAUGGCUGCAGCGGACAAUGAUGGAGAUGGGAAGAUUGGGGCCGAUGAAUUCCAGGAAAUGGUGCAUUCUUAAAGCCCACGUCUAUGGAAGAGAGAGCGGAAGGGGCGUUUUGCCAGAAGGUCUCCAAAGCCCUGGGAUCAGGAAGCUCCCCAACCUAUCCCGAACUAAUUUCCUGAGUCCUCCUGAAGCACUUCUGCAAUGUGCUCCUUGUUUGAGGAAAUGCAACGGUCUGCGGCUCUUCAUUCUUUGGUGGUGGUGGGUAUAGGUCCUGAUGACUUCUGUAAGUGCCCCCUGGCAGGCAAUGCCUUAAAAAAAAAUCACCCAAUAAAAUCCUUUCUCAUCA